AUGGUGGAUCUGGGAUAUAGGACGUGGACGUGGGUCAUUCAAAUAACAAUCCUCGGAGAAAUAUGGCAUGUAGUCUCUUCGGUAUUUGAUAACAACAAUGAUGACAACAAUGACGAUGACGACGCCGAUGCAUACAAUCCUCCAGGGCACAUUCAAAACUUAGAUAAUACUCUUAUUGAUCAACCCUCUCAAGUUUUGCUCCACGACAAUCGCACCCUUCCAGUGAAUACCGGGAUACAUAAAGGGAUGGUAUUUUACACAAAAAAGGAAUGUGUCGAAGCAAUCAAAACAUGGCACAUCAAACAAUCACGUCAUUAUAGUAUUGAUAAAUCUGAUACAUCCAGGUAUGUCAUCAAAUGUGAUAAACCACCAUGUGAUUUUUUCUUGAGAGCGGCUUUAAGUAAGAAAACCGAUCUUUGGGGGAUUGCCACUAUCGGUAACAGCCACACUUGUGUAUCUGCUGGUAUGUCGCAAGAUCAUCGCAGGCUUGACACCGAUCUGAUAUGCUCAAACAUUUUGCCAAUGCUGCGAGAUAACCUAGCUCUUUCGGUCAAGUUUAUAAUUGGUCACAUUAGAGACAAAUUCAACUACACCAUCACGUAUCGAAAGGCUUGGAAUGCAAAAAAUAAGGCGAUCGAACAAAUUUAUGGAAACUGGGUGCAGUCCUAUCGCGAUCUUCCACAGUGGUUGCUAGUAAUGGAAAAAUGGAUUCCUGGAACCAUUAUCAGGUUCGAGACAAGUCCAACACCCAUUCAGGGGCAAGUGUUUUUUGAGCGUUUGUUUUGGGCUUUCAAACCGUGCAUCCAAGCAUUUGCACAUUGCAAGCCAAUUGUGCAAGUUGAUGGAACGUUUUUAUAUGGGAAGUAUAAGGGGACGUUGUUGUUGGCCGUCGUCCAAGAUGGAAACGCUCAUAUUUUUCCUGUGGCAUUCGCGAUUGUUGAAGGGGAAACGAAAGAUGCAUGGAACUUCUUUCUUAAACAUUUGAGAGAGAAUGUUACUCCACAAGAAAAUAUAUGCAUGAUUUCAGAUAGGCACGCAUCUAUUAAAAGUGCUUAUGAAAACCCUUCAAAUGGAUGGAAUGGUACUUCCUCUCAUGUGUAUUGCCUUCGACACGUCGCACAGAAUUUUGUGAGGGCAAUAAAAAACAGAAAACUACGGAAAUAUGCUGUUAAUAUGGGGUAUGCACCAAGCGAGGCUACAUUCCUGUACUGGCGGCAUAGGAUUUUGAAGAAAAAUACAGCGGCUUUAGAGUGGGUUGAUAAUCUCCCAAAAGAAAAAUGGACGCAAGCAUACGAUGGAGGUAUUCGGUGGGGUCACAUGACAAGUAAUCUUGCCGAGGCAAUGAACUCAGUUUUUAAGGAUAUCCGCGGCCUACCGAUCACAGCUUUGGUCCAAGCAACCUACUAUAGGCUGGCGAAACUUUUUGCAAAACGAGGAAAACAGUCGGCCGCUGUAUUAGCUUCUGGUCAGCAAUAUACUGAAGCUUGCCAAGAAAAGAUUUUAGAUGCACUCGGUAAGUCAAACUCAUGUAUCGUCACUGAGUUUGAUCGGCGAAAUUAUAGUUUCUCAGUGGAGGAAACUGAAGAUCCCCAUGAAGGCCGACCAAAGGAUCAUUUCUGGGUACACUUGAGAGAAAAGAUGUGCGACUGUGGAAAGUUUCAGGCGUUACACUUGCCAUGUUCGCAUGUUAUUGCUGCAUGUAAUCAUGCUAACAUUUCAUAUGAAGCAUUCAUUGACGACGUGUACCGAGUUACCACUGUAAAUGCUGUGUAUGACGAGGCCUUCCCGGUAGUUCGAAGCAAGAGUUUAUGGCCCAUUUAUGAAGGUGACGUUGUUUGUCCUCGCGCCGAUAUGAAAAGAACCAAGAGAGGACGUCCCAAAAAGACACGCAUCCACACUGAAAUGGACGAUUUUGAAAAAAGAGAGUUCCGAUGUGGCUUAUGUCGAGUGCCGGGUCAUAACUAUCGAGAAUGUCCUAAUGCAGCCGGACCCUCUAAUUAA